CCUUCUUCAUCGUCAUCUUCAUCGCCACAAUAUCAUCUUGAACUCAAGUUUAAUUUUCCGCAAUAAGAAACAAUGGGCGCGGUUAUCGUAAGGAGAAUGGACCAAUCAGAAGAUGGAUCAGAGCCGCACCUGAACCUCAGCCUCAGACUCAGAAAUAAAAGCAGCGCAGUCUCUCUCUCCGGGUCACUCCAUCAGUCACCUCCUCCUCGGACAUCUCUCCUUGCCUCCUCUUCUCUCAGAGUCAGUCUCCACCACGAUGACAACGGUGCAGAUCAACAUCCAGGACUCCUGCCUCUGCCUGUUCUUGGUGUUUCUCCUGCUCAAAGGGUGUCAGACUUUGCAAAACGACGCCACGGAGGUGAUCUUUACGCACGUCGAUGCGCCUCUGCGGGAACCGCACAGCAACGUGUCGAUUAACCGCGCACGAAUCGGUGGGAGAGGAGCGACGGAGGCGGCACUGGACAGAGACGAUCGAAGCCAGAUUGGAUGCCGGGAGCUGAGAUCCACCAAGUACAUCUCUGACGGCCACUGCACCAGCAUCAACCCCAUCAAAGAACUGGUUUGUGCUGGAGAGUGUCUCCCGGCUCAAAUGCUUCAAAACUGGAUCGGCGGCACCUACAGCAAGAAGUUCUGGGGUCGUCGCAGGAGUAGCGGCCAGGAUUGGCGGUGUGUCACCGAUAAGACCCGCACCCAACGUAUCCAGCUGCAGUGCCAGAAUGGCAGCAAAAGAACAUACAAAAUCACCGUGGUCACCUCGUGCAAGUGCAAGAGGUACUCGAGGCAGCACAACGAUUCGGCUGGCAAAUUUGAGGAAGCGCUGGCCGUGUCACCUCCACAGCUCGUACACAAACACACUUCGAAGGCCAAGAGGAGGCUGGGGAAGAACAGACUAAGUGAGAACUGGCAUGGCACCGAAUCCUGAGAAACAUACGGAAAUAGAUGGACUGAAUCUUCAACAACUAUGACCUGAAGGAGCUACGUGAUGGGUUUGUAGUUGUGGAUAUACAUUUGAAUGAUUUCUGUGAAGGUGGUUUCUCAGGAGAGGAUUGCAGACCUGCACUGAACUCUGGGAAAUCUUCCAGUUUGUCCAGUAUAGUUGAUUGCUCACAGGGUGGUCCAGAAAGCUUGUUUGUGCCUUUGUUAAUAGUCGUUUCUGUACUAAAUCUUUUCCAGAUUUAUCAAAGAAUGUCGGAAGUAACAUCUUCCAACAGUGCUUUGAACGUUCUCCUGAGAUUGGUUUGCGGCAACUACGUUAUAUGUCCUUUUCCUACAAGCUUCUUUCAUGGUUGUCCAAAAAUCUUCAGUUGCCAAAAGUUCAACGUGUCAAAACAAAUGUAUCCCCCGUUUUUGUCCAGAGCUUAUCUGGAAUAGCUUCUGUGGACAUUGGUUUUACACAUGAAUUCUCCGGUGUGUAUGUUCAGAGUUGUUCCAAACAUUUACUGGAGAUUUUUCAGACCGACGCCUUCAGAGAUAUGCUGAGAUUUAAUGUGCGAACCAUAAGGUUUUAAGCAGUUGUUUUGGACAUUCUUACAUUAGAAGAUACAUCUAACACCAAAAGUACGAUGUAUGAAUCUGUGAGGACAGACUUUUUUUGCACCUUUUUGCAGUCCACCAAACAUUUGACAUAUUAAAUCAGUUUGUAUGAUUUUAACUGGCAGUUUAUGUAAAUAUUUCUGUACAUAAACAUAUGUAUAUAUACUCAUCACUUGCCUUUUUUGAUGUGUUGUUUUGUGUAUAAAAUUGUAAUACAUAAGAUUUGGUGUAAUUUAUUUCCUAUGCAUUUAAUGAGGUACAAGU